UAUAAUAAAAUAUUUACAUUUCCUGUUAAAUAAAAAAGGAAAAAACAAAUAAUUAUGAAAAAGUGCUAAAAGUGUAAAUAACUAAAAUAUACCUACCUAUUUAUUUUUUUUUAAUAAAAAAAUUCAAGAUGAGUGAAACUCCCACAAACUCUACAAAUAUGACGCGCGAGGAAGAAGAAGAGGAAGUGCGCACACUGUUAGAACGUCAUCAGGAACGUAUAAGAUUGGAUUUAGCCAAUACUGAACUAUUGGCAGUUUUAGUUAAAAAUUCCGUGUUAACACAAUCCGAAGAAGAUCUAUUACUCAAACCCCACAAUGCUGCUAUACAAACAGCAUCGGCUCCUUCAUCUGUAGGGGUGACAAAACGUAAACUAAGUGCCGUUAUUAGUAAUGCUAGCGGCAGCAGCAGUAGUGCUGGCAGUACCACCAGUGCUUCAUUGGCCCAUAACAACGAUAACAAUAGCAUUACAAAUUCUCGUAGUGCCAGUGUUGUAGGUGAUAAUGCUCAAAGUGAUAAUCGUUCAAUUACACCUUCGGUGGUGGUCAAUCUAACGCAACAUCAACAACAACAGCAGCAGCAACAGAAUUUCGAUAAUUUAAGUGAUUUAUAUAGUACGAAAGACGAACUGAAUCAUCACAUUUUAAAUGAUGCCGAUAUUAUACGUUUGCAAUGCGCCAAUUUAAUUGAGAUCAUUGCCAAAAAUGGUUUCGAGAAAUUUAAACAAUUUUGUUAUGCCAUCGAGAACGAGUGUCCCCAAUUGAUUGAGGAUUUAAUAAAUGAUCGUUUGAAAUGUGGUAUGUACAUAUCUGAAGACUGUUAUAAACUUGAUUUACUAAAAAUAUAUAUUUAUACCCUUCACCUUCGUGAGAAGGGUAUAUAUAAGUUUGUCAUUCCGUUUGUAAUUUCUAUAAUAUAAUUUUCCGACCCUAUAAAGUAUAUAU